AUGGCGAAAUUUAAUUUUUGUUCACCUUUCAUAGCAACAGUCGCAUUUGUGCUCCUUCUGCACUGCACUGCUGUUUCCCAAGCGCUCGGUGGGAAAUCUCAAAAUAUGCUGGUACGACUUAGCUCCAAUAAUCCAAUCAGAAAUCCGCGCGAAGGACGUGUGGAAGUGAGCUUCGAUCGCGGCGCAAGAUGGGGCACAAUCUGUAGCUCGGAAUGGAGUUUUCGUGAGGGCAACGUUGUUUGCAGGCAACUGGGACUCGGCUAUGCGGCUAUGGUUAAUCAAACUACCACUUUCGGUGAUAGCCGCGCCUACCCGUGGGCCAUUAUCGGCACUCUAUGCCGUGGUAAUGAGACACGCCUGAAGGAGUGUUUACGUGAGGCCACGUACCCGAGAACAUGCACGGCAGCGAAUCGCAAUGUGGCGGUGGUGCGUUGCGUGCCACAGAUUGCCGAUUUGACUUUGGGCUUACGCGAUAUAGAGACUUCGGCGCGUCUCGAUCUGGCGCCAAUGACCCGACUCACGUGUGCAAUGGAGGAGAAUUGUGUGUCUGCCGAUGCAUAUGUCAUACGACGAACACAGCCGAACGCGGUGCGUAAUUUGAUGCGUUUCACCACCAAAGCGGAAAAUGUGGGCAAUGCAGAUUUUAGUCCUUACGCGAACUACAGGGACUGGGAAUGGCAUCAGUGCCAUCAACACUAUCACAGCAUGAAUGUGUUCGCCACCUUUGACAUAUACGAUUUGCGUUACAGGAAGGUGGCGCAAGGGCAUAAGGCCUCUUUCUGUUUGAUGGACACGAGUUGUGUGCCGGGCGUUAGGCCGAAAUAUACCUGCGGCAACGAAACACAAGGCAUUUCGAUUGGUUGCGCCGACUUGUAUACGGCCAAUUUGGAUUGUCAAUGGGUCGAUGUGACGAACUUACCUACAAAUCAAUUAUAUAUUCUUCGGGUUGCCAUUAAUCCAGAGUAUAAAAUUGGCGAACGAUCCUUUGAGAAUAAUGGCGCUGAAUGCAUUUUACAUUACACAGGCAAAGUAAGUUCGACAAAGAUUACGAAUUGUCGUCGCACACCACUGUGGUUUAAUGUUUGAUGUCUUGUAAGUAGUUAAUUUGCGAUACAUU